UUAAUGGACUAACCUCAGGGGGAGAUUAUUUUGCUACACGUAAAAUGAUUUUACCUCGUGAUUUGCAUUUGAAUGAUGGCCUCGCUAUGUUUGUGCUCCCCUGGGUGUGCUCCUAAUGGGCCCUGUGUGAGUGAGUGUGGCAGGAACAAAAGAUCAGCUCCCCACACCUUCCAGUCGGAGCUCGCCGAGCGGAGGCGCUUCUGCCAAACUAAUCUGACUCACUAGCCGCCUGACAUGGGCCUUGUGUGCGCCGCCUUAACCCCUCAUCCCUCGGGGCAGAAGCUGCCCAGUGCCUCCGUCGUCUAACCACAGUUCCGGGGGGGAAGCGGCGGGGUCGCUCCGCCGUUUGACAGAGAAGAAGGACGGGAAGACCUACUCGGUUAAGUACUCCGCCAAAAUAAGAAAAUAAGCGACACACCGAACUUUUAGUGCUGAUUUACAGCGUCUGUCGCUUUCGAGAUUUGAAUUGUCGCCUUCGUACCGGCAGUUUGCUCCAACUUACCUGCUAGCCUAACGCUACCUUCGCUUCAGUGGGCGCGAAAAACAGUACAAACUGUUGGGUUUGUCCGCUUGGCACUUAGCCUACUGCUCAUAUUUCUCCUCCUGGGCUACGUAUUUUCCUCAAUUUUUAAUUUUCAGCCAUUUCUGUCUUGGUUUGACCGUCACUGGCUUGCAAAUUGCAACGCUAACCAGGCGAAGUGAAGUGAGCGACUAGCCGCUCUGCUUUAGCUCUGUGUAAACACAGGACCGUAAACUGGACUAACGUUAGCACCGGGGUUUUAGCCGAAAGCUCCUCAGGAGCUGCUGCUAAUGCGAACGAAAAGAAGAUUGAGGCUCCUCGUUUCUUCUUUCGUCCUCAGACUGUUAAAUUAAAGCGGAGCUCAGAAGCAAAAGCAGCAAAAAAACAUUUUUUUAACACAUAAUCUCAUCCGAGGACAGCGAACAAAGAGGAUUUCAACCCAAAGCGUUUUAUUUCGCCUGGCGAAGAAGAAGGAGGGAGCAAGAAAACUGACAUGAUGUUUCCACAAGCAAGGCAUUCGGCUGCAUCUCAGUCAACACAACCACUGAAGUUCACCACCUCCGACUCCUGCGACCGCAUCAAAGACGAGUUCCAGUUCCUCCAAGCACAAUAUCACAGUCUGAAGCUGGAGUGUGAUAAGCUGGCCACAGAGAAAUCGGAGAUGCAGCGGCACUACAUCAUGUACUACGAAAUGUCAUAUGGGCUUAAUAUUGAAAUGCACAAGCAGGCUGAGAUAGUGAAGAGGCUGAAUGCAAUCUGUGCUCAGGUGCUGCCCUACUUGUCCCAAGAGCAUCAGCAGCAGGUCCUGGGAGCGAUUGAGAGGGCCAAGCAGGUGACUCCACCAGAGAUGAACUCAAUCAUUCGGCAGCAGCUCCAGGCCCACCAGCUUUCUCAGCUGCAGGGUCUCGCCCUGCCCAUGGCUCCUCUGCCCCUGGGCCUGACCGCUCCCGCCCUCCCAGCAGUCUCCUCUGCCUCAGGGCUCUUUUCACUCUCCAGCCUGCUCGCCUCACAGGCUCACCUGGCCAAAGAGGAGAAGAGUGCCCGUGAGGCUGCAAACGACAACCACCGUGACGAAGAUGGAGACAAAUCCGACUAACUAUACCUGAAACCGCUUGCAACAGAAAAGAUGAGAGGAAAAGCACACACACACACACACACACACACACACAGAAACCUGAGAGUCCAAGAAAAGCAACAAGCAGGGGUCUCAGUCUCAGACCUCAUAACAAUUCCAUAUAAUUACAGUUAUUUAGAGAGCAGUUUGGUGCAUCACGAAAUGUUAAAUUUGGUUUUGGCCCAAAACUUUGCCCUGAAUAAUGGUCCAAGUAAAGCUACAAUAUAUUAUUUAGAAUUGUUAUAUUAUACAGGUUUGUAGCUUAGAUAUGGACAGCAGAGGACUGAAUGUUUUUUCACAUAUCUGGAAUACUUUUACCGUAGUUUACUGGAAUUUUACCGUAGUUUGAUUAUUUUGGUACAAUUCUGUUUUAUUUUUUUUUGGGGGGCUAAACACACUUGUAUGACUGGAAUGUCUGUUUCUACAGCAAAAGGUUUUGUUUUGUUGGUUUUGAGAGUAGCCUAACAGAAAGCACAUACAUUGAAUAUUAUUGUAUUUCUAAGAUUUUAAAAUCACUGCAGUUGAAUAAAAUCACCAUAAAAUCAAUGUUUGAUGAUACACUGAUGCAUUUUCAUACUACAAAGGGUCACCAUUCUUUCGUUUUCAUUUAAAGCUGUUUCUUCGGUCGCUGAUUAGGCUCAUAAUUCUUUGCCUUCAUCCAAAUCAUUCCUUCAUUGUUUCUUCUUUGUGUUUUUAAAAUGCGACCUGGCUCGUAACUCCCCAACACAUGUAUAGCAGGCGGAAAAAUCUCCAGAAGGGGGAGCUGUUAGCACUGUUAGUUGUGUGUGCAUUAUUGAGAUUGAGAGAACUGACAUGAGCCCACACCAGCAGGAUCUCCUAAAUGCAUCUAUAUUGUUUCACUCCCAGAUUGCAUGUAUAUGAAGUAAAGGCAAAACUACAAAAGCAAACUACAAAAACCCCUUUCUAAAAACAUGAAUGCAGAGUUCAUUCACUGCUGUUCAGGUACAUCAACACCUGUAUACUGAUAUAUGAAUCAUUCCCUGAAUAGGUGUCACAAUACUGUCCACUAAAUUAGUGACAUCAGAGUUGAAACCUGUUUUUUAUUUUUCUUGCAUUUCUUUGUGCCACUUCUUGGUGUCUCUGCUUUUUCCUCUGGCCUUCCUGUGCUUGCACCAUGUUUUGAGUUCAUCUGCCGUUUAUUAUUAUUAUUAUUGUUUAACCCUCUGGAAAACCACAGCUUCCUUCCAAAUCUGCUGCACUCUCCCAAACCCUCCUACAUGUGGGAGAACGAAUCCAAACUUUCUCACACAGCCUACUGCUCUAAACUAAACAGGGGUCUGUAUGAGGUAGAGGAGCGGCUCCUGUCCUUUUUGUGUGUUCAGUUGGUCCUUGUAAACAAGUUCAGUUUGAGGUAAACUGUACCUCACUAUGGUGGUCGUCAGGAGUUCAGAAACCCAGCUGUCAGGCUCAGAUGUAAUGUCUGGAUGAAGAAUGUACUUUGAAUUUUACAUGUGAGUUUUUACAGUAUAGUUUUACAGUAUAGUUUGUGUCUACUUGGUUAUUGGUGGAGCUUCUAGCUAAUGAGAACUAACCUCUCAUCAUGAAAGCUGUCUUUCAGCAUUCCCAGCACAUGAAGCUGCAGCUCCUGGCUCUGUCUAACCAAGCAUGCACUGUACGAAACAUGGCAAUCGAACUGCGCUGGCCUGCAAGUCAGACAAGUUUAUCAUCAUUGCAGUAAACUCAGGCAAGUGUUGUGUUAAGAGUUUACAAAUUGUGACGUAUAACAGCCAAUACUGGCACUUUAUUUCCCCAAAUAUACUUAUUGUAAAAUAAUCAUAAUAAUCACUUGAACACAAUCAAUUGGAAAUUACAAUUAGGCGACAUAAAAAAUAAAUUUUUAGUUGACUGAGCAUCUGAACACAACAUAAGCCUGACAUCCAGACAAAAGGUCACAUCUGUUGUUCUCUGUUUCAGUUAUAGCUUGAAAGAUAAAAAUGAAAACCCAGCUCGUCAGAUCUGCAGUUUUGUGGUCUAUAUUUGUGAACACAGGGUUUCCAUCUGCUGAGACUUAUGGUAGCGUUUCUGUCAGUAGUAACAUUGAGUUUUUAGUGGAUUUUCUGCACAUUUUGCAGGCAGUAAAAUAAAAACAGGUUUAAAGCAGCUCAUUCCAUUACUCUGACUUUUAGCGAUAAAAGCGCUUUACAUUAUGACAGUUUCCUGCCCAAAAAAAUGUUUUUCUUCAAGUGCUACAAAACACAUUUUCUUUUGAUUGGUUUCCCAAACUCCCUCCCAGAUCUACCUCUCAUGUUCAGUCUGUUUUAUAGCAGAAAUUGGACAUGGAAUACGAUUUAAAUCGAACUGCUCAUUUUCAUCAGCUCAGUGGAACCACAGGCACACAGCUUUUAAAAAAAGAAAGGAGUGCAUAUGGUAGUUUUCCACUUUGAGUACGGUACAAAUUGAUGCUUGUGAUUGGAUACUUCCUGCCAUAUACAGUGCAGAGCAAAAUCUGACUAAGUUUAUUUAAUUUCCAGAAGUUAUUCAUUUAUUUACAGCAUUGGGGGAAAAAGAAAAUAUAUAUUUAACAGAAAAUAUAUAUAUAUAUAUAUAUAUAUAUAUAUAUAAUAUCUCACGAUAAGAUAUUCAGUUGUUCAGGUUUCAGUUAACACACAUUUAGUGUGUCCACCCUUUGUCUUAAUUACAGCUUUGAAUUACAGAUUUGAAGCAGCAGUGGGGCUUGUUUUUGUUUCUGAUGGUGACAGUUUUUGUCUACCAGGUCUUGCACUGUUGUUAGGAGUCCAAUUUUCUCCCAUCUUUUAAUCAUUUUUUUGGAAACUUUUGGUUUUUCCCACUUAUUUUUCUUUCACUUUCCCCUUCCUUAUACAAGUGGGGUAUAUUAUAUCUAAUCUCCUGAUAAAUAUUUCCUGAAAAUGAAUAACUUGUGCUUAAUGGCUUUUUUGACUGAAAGUUUCAUAAAUCAAGGUUGAUCUCUGACUUUUUCACAGUG